CCGGCUGGGCUGGGCUGGGCUGGGCUGGAGAACAACGACACCGGCACCACUGGACGCAGAGGGAGGCAAGGAAGAGGGGAGGGCCAGACUAAGGCCCGGGGCGCUGGAGCUGGCCUAAGCCGGACCCGGAGGUAAAGAGGAGGGAGCAGUGACUGGUGUAGGGGCUGUCGGGCGAGGAGGUGGCCCCAGCGAUCCUGACUCCCGCUCCCACAGGGCCGGGUCAUGCGCUGCCCCAAGUGCCUUCUCUGCCUGUCAGCGUUGCUCACGCUCUUGGGCCUCAAAGUGUACAUCGAGUGGACAUCUGAGCCUCGGCUGGGCAAGGCCUACCCGGGACCCCGCAGCACCCUGCUGGGCCCCACGCCAGCCAGCCCCGAGCCCACCCUGCCGGCUAACCUCUCGGCCCGUCUGGGCCAGGCUGACCCGCUGCCCUCGGCUUACUGGAACCAGCAGCAGUGGCGGCUUGGAACCCUGCCUGGUGGGGACAGCACUGAGGCAGGAGACUGCCUCGCUUGGGGGGCUGCUGCCGCUGCCGAGAUCCCCGACUUCGCCUCCUACCCUGAGGACCUCCGCCGCUUCCUGCUGUCAGCAGCCUGCCGGAGCUUCCCGAGGUGGCUGCCCAGGGGUGGCGGUGGCCAGGUGGCCCACUGCGAGGAUCCUGACGUCCCCUACCUGCUGUUGGCCAUCAAGUCAGAACCAGGGCACUUUGCAGAACGACAGGCCGUGAGGGAGACGUGGGGCGGGCCAGCUCCCGGGGUCCGGCUGCUCUUCCUGCUGGGGUCCCCGGCAGGUGAGGCGGGGCCCGACCUAGGCUCCCUGGUGGCCUGGGAGAGCCGCCGCUACAGCGACCUGCUGCUCUGGGACUUCCUCGACGUCCCCUUCAACCAGACGCUCAAGGACCUGCUGCUGCUGGCCUGGCUGGGCCGCCACUGCCCCGGUGUGAGCUUCGUCCUGCAAGCCCAGGAUGACGCCUUCGUGCGCACCCCCGCCCUGCUGGACCACCUGCGUGCCCUGCCGCCCAGCGGGGCCCGAGGCCUCUACCUGGGUGAGGUCUUCGCCCAGGCCAAGCCCCUCCGGAAGCCUGGAGGACCCUUCUACGUGCCCGGGUCCUUCUUCGAAGGUGGCUACCCGGCCUAUGCGAGUGGGGGUGGCUAUGUCAUUGCGGGCCGCUUGGCACCCUGGCUGCUGCAGGCGGCGGCCCGCGUGGCCCCCUUCCCCUUCGAUGACGUCUACACCGGCCUGUGCUUCCAAGCCCUGGGCCUGGCGCCCAGGACCCACAAAGGCUUCCUCACAGCCUGGCCAGCAGACCGCGCUGCCGACCCCUGUGCUUUCCGCGACCUGCUGCUGGUGCGGCCCCUCGGCCCCCAAGACAGCAUUCGGCUCUGGAAACAGCUGAGGGACCCUCAGCUCCAGUGCUGAGACUUGGAGGUGGGGAGGGGUGGGGAGGGGUGGGGAGGGGCAGGGAGGACAGACCCUGCCUGGGCCUGGGCGCUAGCCCCUUGCUCAGUCUCUCCUUCUAGGCCUCGGUGCCAGGAAGGAGGUCCUGGAUUGGAGGCUGCUUCAGCCUCCCCCUCCGUGGGCCUCCCCAAGAGAUGACAGACAGUCUCUGUCUUUUUGUUUUUGAAAAAUGUGCACUCCCCA